AUGGGGCCGCGGGAGACUUCCGGCGACCCAUCCAAGACGAUCCAGGUUCUUGAAUCGAGCGGCGCUGGAGCUCUUCCACCAUCGGUUAGGCGAGGCCGUCGUGUCCGCCCGGCCUUUAUGCGUAGCCCUGGCAUAGCAGCAUCUAGUCCAACCCUGAACUGUGUGCUCGACCGCCUCCUGAGGAUCAAUACAGACCGUCAGCCCGGCUGCCAUCGUGCCAUCACACCGCCCGCGGAUCUUGGACAACUGCGCAACAGCAACAUCGGACGAUCACAGUCGGUGGGGGUCAGCGGCAGCUCCGUGUGGGCCCCCCACGCCGCAGCAUGAUGUGCCGCUGAGAUGCGGAGUGACGCCGAGCACAUGGGCCACAAGUGUAUGCCGGUCGCCCGGACGAGAUGGGUCGCGGGAGAUUCCCGGAAGUCCGAGCCCUGUCCCUCCCAGCACACUGCGGCA